GGGGGGCGGAUUCUUACCCUCUGGGGAUAUUCGUAUUCUUGGGGGAAGGAGCAAAAGAAGUUUAUUUGAUCUAUUUGCCUAUCUAGUUACAAUUCACUGCCCUCCAAAGAUUCUGCAGCGUGCAUAGGAUAGGUCCAGGGGCGUUCCUGGUGAAGGGGGGAUUGGCCUGUUUCCUCUGUCGGUCUUGAGCCUUUCUCAUUAGGUCUCUUGCCAAUUUCCAAGCCACUUAAAAAUUGUCUGAGCUGAUCUCUGGCUGCCUGGCGAUUCUGCAGUUCUGUUCGGCUAAUCCCAUUACUCAGUGGAUGCCAAUCAAAAGAGGUCCGAAGCUCAUAACCAUUGGUCACUAGAAAAGGUACCAAUCUAGUUGAUUCAUGCUCCAGGGUAGCAGCUGCAAAGUCUAGGAUAGGAAGCAAUUCUGGCCAGUCAUCCUGAUAGUGGUUGAUAAAGGGACGGAGCUUCAUAGCAACAAGCUAGUUCACGAUCUCCACUUGACCGGCUAUUUGAGCAUGAUGUGCAGUAGCACGCUUCAGCUUGAUGAAGACAGAGCUGCAUCCCACGCGGCUGAGCUGAAGCGGGUGGAGAAACAUGCGCAUGAGAGGGCAGCUCAAGCAGCCGAGGAAGUCCGCGCCGAACGGGACGCCGAGCGUGAGCGAUUGCAAAGAGAGACAGAUGAACAAGCGGCCCGGCUGGCUCUUCAGCAGGAAGCGGCAGAGAUGAUGGCCCGUCGUGUGAGGGAGGCCGCUGAGAGAACUCCCCAAGGUGUUGAUCAAGCACACUCACAGGGGAACAAUGGUAGGGCAGAACAGGACGGGCUCGAACGCCAGGUUGCAGACGUUUCUAAGUCUCAUAACGAGGCUGAAGGUUCUCCUGUUGAGAACAUGGACGAGAUUGAGAUUGAUGUUGACCCGACUUCAGAGGCUUCAGAAUAUAAACAGAAGUAAUAGGCAGAGAUUCUCAUUUGUUCAGAUUCAGUACUUAUUAAACUAGCUGAUUCUCUUUAGACUCAGUUAAUUUAUGUGAAUUUGCAUAUAAAUUCAUCUGUGUAGAUCUAUAAGUUAAUAAACAAGAGUACUCUGUAG